ACCCCGAGGUCGGGGACCUGUAGGGGUACACCCGGGUGUUCAGGGUUUGGGAGUCCCGAGGAACAGGAUUAUCGCGAAAAGGGGACUCCGGGACUGCUCCCUGCAGCCCACCUGACUUCGCUGGAUCAGACACCUAGAGUUUGCUGCCACCUUCAUACGCUCCCGGUCUGUGCUCGAAGUAGCUUUGAGGUUGGACGGUGGGGGCGCGGGCAGUGUGGCACGGUAAGACGCGGGGAUCCCGAGCCGGUAACUCCGAGAAGGGCUCUUGUCUUGGCUCCACAUCGGUUUCCCCAUUUCCACCAGUGGUCAUGGUCAGGCGUUGUGCCGUGAGCCUGAAGUACAGGGACUCUUAAUCUUCGCAGUCACUAUGUUUCAGUAAUCCUGGCAAGUGGGAAUUGUAGUAGAUAGGGAACCUGAACUCAGAAGGAGGAGGUCAUCUUGGGCUGGGGCAGAGCUGAUGGGAUGCCAUGCCUGGCAUGGGAAGGGCAGUGGGAAGGGCACAGAACCCAGACAGAAAAGAUAAUAGUAAAGCUAUGUAGAAUGUUUGAUGGCAUAGGUGUUAUUAAAAUAAAAUAAAACAGAAGCUGUGGCUAUCAGGAAGGGGACAGGUGAGGGAGAGCCAUGCGGAUAGGUGAGGGAACAGCUUGGAAAAGUCCCCGAGGGUGGAAGCCUUGUCUGGCAUGUUCAGGGAACAGCAGGAGGCCAGUGUGGUUGGAGCAGAGUGACUGAGGUGGGCAGUGUGAGAAGACUGAGGCAAAGAUGUGAUAGGGGUAGGGGACAGAUCUUGUGGGCCCAGGUGAGGACUCUGCCAAGGGAGGCUUUUGAACUGAGGAGUGAGUUAAUAAAGGUGCCCCCCCAAAUGCCAAAAGGGAUUGUGGGUAGAAGAGUGACCUGAAAAGGGACUGAUCACAAUUGAUGGUGAGGGGAAGAGCUAGGCCUGUGAACACCAGGCUGGGGAGUGAGUGCAGAUGCUGCCCCUGGGCACUGCGGACUCAUGAAGGGUUCUAGCAGGGAAAGAUCAGGGUCAGAUUUGGUUUUAUUGUAAAAAGUCCCCUGGCCACCUAGGGAGGGUGGAUCAGAAGGGGAGACUGAGGCAGGGAGCCCAGGGAGAGGAAAGGUCAGGACCAGAGUGGGCAAGGUAGGAAGGGAGUGUGUGGCAGAGGGACUCAGGAGGCCGAGGGGGCAGGCCAUGGGGUUGGUGGGCUGGGGUAUGGGAAGGAGAGUGGUAUCUAUGGCAGGGUGCAGGGAGGGACUGGGGGACAGUGGAGCCACCCUGGAGGGGCGGUUAAGGAAGAGGGUUAAGUUUAGAGAGACACUGAGGCCAGCGUGGGAGCCAGUGAGUAGAAAGAACCUGGGGGAUGUCCAAGGAGAAGAUUCUAAGGAGCGGUGUCCAGGAGGCCAUGGGAUCCCCAAGUCUGGGCUUCAGGAGAGAAGCUGGGCCUGAGGACAGAGCUAUGGAUAUUAUCCAUACCCUUGGCACCUGCCCAAGGCUCCUUGCUACCAUCUCAGUGGCCCCAUCCUCCACCUUCACCCUGUCUCUCCUCUGAGCCAUGUUGGGAAUCCCUGUGUCUCCUGGUCUCCUCAGGAAGUCCCAGGACUGGCAAGGCAUGUCCCCAAGUACCCCUCCAGGCUCUGAGCAGUGGGGCCACAGCUCCUGCCAGUCGGAAGGAGUGAGCAAAGAGCUGGAGAUGGCCAAGGCCCGGAACCAGCUGGAUGCCGUUCUACAGUGUCUGCUGGAGAAGAGUCACUUGGACAGAGAGCGUCUGGAUGAAGAAGCUGGGAAAACCCCCUCAGACACCCACAAUAAGGAUUGCUCCAUCGCAGCCACUGGCAAAAGGCCAUCUGCCCGCUUCCCCCACCAGCGGAGGAAGAAGAGGAGGGAGAUGGAUGAUGGGCUGGCCGAGGGAGGGCCACAGAGAUCCAACACAUAUGUGAUCAAGCUGUUUGACCGGAGCGUGGACUUGGCCCAGUUCAGCGAGAACACACCACUGUAUCCGAUCUGCCGCGCCUGGAUGCGCAACAGCCCCACAGUGCGAGAGCGUGAAUGCUCACCCAGCUCACCGCUGCCCCCACUGCCUGAGGAUGAGGAGGGUUCAGAGGUCACUAACAGCAAGAGUCGUGAUGUAUACAAGCUGCCUCCACCCACAGCUCCCGGGCCACCUGGAGAUGCCUGCAGAUCCCGAAUUCCAUCCCCACUACAGCCCGAGACCCACGGCACCCCCAAUGAUGAGCCCUCCGAGCCCGAGCCUUCACCCUCCACACUCAUCUAUCGAAACAUGCAGCGUUGGAAACGCAUCCGCCAGAGGUGGAAGGAGGCGUCUCAUCGGAACCAGCUUCGUUACUCAGAAAGCAUGAAGAUUCUACGGGAGAUGUACGAGCGACAAUGAUGCUCCCAGGGUCCCCCCAUCCCAAUAAACAUCCCCUGACUCCA